ACAGUAACGACGAUUUCUAGCCAUUAACUUAGCAUUGCUUUCAGGUGGAGGGACAUGUCAAGGCCCCACAAGAACUAAAUAACUUCCCAGUAACAAAAACUCAGCACUUACUGUGCCCUGGGAGUUAAAUAAUCUGAAAUAACUCAUUUAGUUUUCACACUCCUAUUUUUUUAAAUUUAUUUUAUGUGCAUUGGUGUUUUGCCAUGGGUGUCAGGUCCCCUGGAACUGGAGUUGCAGAUAGUUGUGAGCUGCCAUGUGGGUGGUAGGAAUUGAACCCUGGGUCCUCUGGAAGAACAGUUGGUGUUCUUAAUCACUGAACCAUCUCUCCAGCCCUAAUUUUCACAUUUCUAUUGAGUAUUGUUACUUUCUUUUUUAGCAAUGAGAAAUUAAACCACUCAAUAGUUAAUUUGUCCAGGAUCAUAAGUUGUUAUAGAGCAGAGCUGAGCUUCCAACAUCUCUUUAGGUUCUUUAACUAAAAAGCCUGUGGUCUCAACCCAGAAGUUAUACUGCCUACUAAAAACUAGUGUUAUGUUUCAGGCUUGUUUACAACAACCCAGAACAUAAGGGCUGGGGGAGGAGGCAGAGGCCAGGAACUGUCAUGUUUACAAGGAUUGGUUUUAGUUUUCACAACCUCUGGGAUUGGUACACCUAUGAAAUAACUGUUACAUUUUAUAGAAAAGGAACUGAAAUACAGAAAAUACUUUCCAGUAUUUAAACUGCUAUUACAUGGCGGAGCCAGGACUUUCAUUUCUCUACUGUACUGUAUUGGAGACUUACUCUACCCCCACCUAUGUGUCCUAAAUUAUACCACACUAUGGGCAUAGACAUGCUCACACUUACACUUCUGCACCUACCAAACUAGUACUUGCUGUUCCAGAACAGAUCCUACAGUCGCAUGCCAUUGGGGUCCCAAACCUUCUGUAGUAGAAUUGCCAAAUUUAAUAACAGUAAUAAAAGAUGCCUAUCUAAAUUUAAAUUUUACACAAAGGAAAAUACAGUAUGUCCAUGCAGCUUAGUGAAAUUUUUAAAAAUCUUAAAUUCAGAUUUAAUUGAAAAAUCUGUUUUGUGUUUGUUCUUCACACUAAUGUACGGCUACCCAUAGCAUUUUUUAAUUGUGUGUGAACACUUAAUUCUCCCAGUUAAGACCCUUGAUUUCCUUAGGGGAACAGUUUUAUGUUCAUAUCAUACCAUGGAAAGAUGUUGACGAUUGAGAUAGUUGUUAUGAGUAAACAUUUGCUAAGAACUACAUGGUGUAAAUUGCUUUCUGUAUGCUAAAUGUGGUGCUAGUAAUUUUGUAGAAUGCCCAUUAAAUCCUAAUUAAUAAAUAGGCAUUUUCUUUGACUACCGGGCAAUCAUAUUCUCUUACGCCUAUAACAUUUGGUGUAAAUAACUGAUGCCAUUCUAAUCUCUACGUCUCCUGAGAAUUUUGGUCCUUGAACGAGUUAGUUUAGCAUUCCCGUUUCCAUAGAAACAAAAGAUCAUGUGACAGCAUAGAGAAACAGGAUGUUCCGGCUUCAUUUCCGGUCCGUACCGGAAGUUGCCUUAAACGUCCGCACAUGGGUGGCGGUAGAGAGGAUGCCGCUGGUAGUGUUCUGCGGGCUUCCGUCGAGCGGCAAGAGCCAGCGUACAGAAGAGCUACGCCGGGCGCUGGCCGGCGAGGGCCACACGGUGUACGUGGUGGACGAUGCUUCGGUGCUGGGCGGCCAGGACGCGACGGUGUACGGCGACUCUGUCCGUGAGAAGGCGCUGCGCGCCGCGCUGCGGGCCGCGGUGGAGCGGCGCCUGAGCCGGCAGGACGUGGUCAUCCUGGACUCGGUGAACUACAUCAAGGGCUUCCGCUACGAGCUGUACUGCCUGGCGCGGGCUGCGCGCACGCCGCUCUGCCUGGUUUACUGCAUACGCCCGGUGUGGCCGAGCCGUAGACCUCUGGUGGCUGACGCCGACGAGAACCGCGGUCCGGCUGUCAGUGUGAGCUGGAGACCGCGCGCCGCCAGCCCGGUAGCAAAUGGGGCAGCCCUGCCUGCUGUCCCCAGGGAACUGGAUCCAGAAGAAAUCCUGCCAUCAGAUCUUGAAGCUGUAGACACUCUGGAGUCGGAGAAAUGUGCAGAGCCUGCCUCCAGUGCCUUUCCUCCCGAGCUUUUGAAGUCCUUAUCGCAGCGCUUUGAAGCUCCUGACUCUCGGAACCGCUGGGAUCGACCUUUGUUCACCGUGGUGGGUUUAGAAGAGCCGUUGCCCCUGGCUGAGAUCCGGGCUGCCCUGUUUGAGAACCGGGCGCCGCCGCCCCAUCAGUCCACGCAGUCCCAGCCCCUAGCCUCUGGCAGCUUCCUGCACCAGUUGGAUCAGGCCACCAGCCAGGUGUUGACUGCUCUGAUGGAAGCCCAGAAGAGCGCUGUACCCGGAGACGUGCUAACACUUCCUGGCACCACAGAGCACCUCCAGUUUACCCGGCCCCUGACCAUGGCGGAACUGAGUCGCCUCCGUCGCCAGUUUAUUUCCUACACAAAAAUGCAUCCGAACAACGAGAACCUACCUCAACUGGCCAACAUGUUUCUUCAGUAUCUGAGACAAAGUUUGAACUAACAGAGGCAGUGGGAUAGCUCCUGUCUGAAUUCCUCUGGACUUUGUCUAGGAAGGAUGAUCUGAGGGUGGGCAGGGCGCACACUGUAGUAGGAUUGCUAAGUUUGACUGACUCAUCUUCUUGCCUGCCUCUGUGUGUAUAGCAUAAGCUGAAGCGUAGGAGUGGUAGCUUCAGAAAGCUCAGGUGGGCAGAGUUUUUCUUUGGCUGGGCUCUGC